CAAACAUUUGAUUUAAGGAAUUCAGGUUGAAAAGAUGUCUCUUUGUGAUAAAUUAAGGCCUGAGUGAAGUUCAGCAAGAGCCAUCAUGAAAGACACUGGCAGGAGCAAGGGGGCAGCACCCACAGUGCAGCAGAUCAAUGCAGACCGUGUCACACAGCUGGCCAAUCAAUACUGGUCCCCAUACAUUAUCAGCGUGGGACAGCAGGCUCCAUUCAACCCAGCUAUCAUCGAAGAGAUCUACCAGCAGGAGCUGAUUGGCUCAAAUUUCGCCGUACGCCGUGUCAUGCUGCUCGAGUUCUCGCAGUACUUGGAGAACUACCUGUGGCCCAACUACCAGCCGCGCCUGGCCACGCACGCUCACCUCAUGUCGAUCGUGGUCACCGUCAACGAGAAGGUCCGCGAGCGCGUCCCGCCUGGCACGUGA